AAUAUUAUACCCACCUUAUAUACCCGAUAUACCCGUAACAUUUCUCUCGGUAACGAGAAAAAAAAACAUUUAGCAUUUGACAUUUGGUGGAGAAGUAUAAAUUGCAAAUUGUGAAAAUUGUUUUUAAAACACGUUUUUGCAUUGCAAAAUGACUUCACGACGGUGGUUCCAUCCAUCCAUAUCCGGACAAGAUGCUGAAACCCUUCUACUCGAUCGUGGCUUCGAUGGAUCAUUCCUUGCCCGAUUGUCGUCGUCCAGUCCGGGUGCAUUCACACUGUCAGUGCGACGCGGCCAAGAGGUGACCCACAUUAAGAUCCAGAACAACGGCGACUUUUUCGACUUGUACGGUGGCGAAAAGUUCGCAACGUUGUCGGAACUGGUGCAAUACUACAUGGAAAAUGGGGGACAAUUGAAGGAGAAAAAUGGUCAGAUCAUUGAAUUGAAGCAGCCACUGAUCUGUGCUGAACCGACGACCGAACGAUGGUUCCACGGCAAUCUUUCCGGCAAAGAAGCCGAAAAACUGAUCCUAGAACGCGGUAAAAAUGGUUCCUUUCUAGUUCGCGAAUCGCAAUCGAAACCCGGCGAUUUUGUUCUAUCCGUGCGCACCGACGACAAAGUAACCCACGUCAUGAUCCGCUGGCAGGACAGUAAAUACGAUGUGGGCGGUGGCGAGAAAUUUACCACUCUGUGCGAACUGAUCGAACAUUACAAACGCAAUCCAAUGGUGGAAACGUGCGGAACGGUUGUGCAUUUACGGCAACCGUUUAACGCCACUCGAAUCACUGCGGCUGGUAUUAAUGCGCGGGUGGAACAGUUACAGAAGGAGAAUGGUGGACAUUGCUAUGGCAAGGGUGGAUUUUGGGAAGAAUUCGAAUCUCUACAACAACAAGAAUGUCGUCACACAUUCUCUCGGCGUGAAGGUCAAAAAAUGGAAAAUCGAAACAAGAAUCGCUACAAAAACAUUCUUCCAUUCGAUCACACCCGCGUCAAAUUGAAAGAUGUCGACCCGUCGGUGCCGGGCUCCGAAUACAUAAACGCCAAUUACAUUCGCCAACCCACCGAAACCGAUCAAUGUGAUAUGACAUCGUCGUCGGAAAAUCUAUCCGUUCAGUCAUGUCUUGCGUGUGCGGCCGCCCAGCAACAGAAAUCAUGCCAGAAUUGUCAAAUUUUGAACAAAAUUUGCGUGCAAUGUGCCAUGAAAUCGGCCACAAUACCAUCGAGCACAUGCAGUCAAUGCAACCGUAAAACCGAUUCGGCCAAACACAAACGCAGCGAGUCGAUAUCGUCGCGGGCCUUUAACAUGGCCGGUAAACGGGACGAAAAGGAUAUGUUCAAGACGUACAUUGCAUCGCAAGGCUGUUUGCCGAUUAUGAUUGCCGACUUUUGGAAUAUGAUCUGGCAGGAGAAUACGCGUGUGAUUGUUAUGACUACCAAAGAAUUGGAACGUGGCAAAAAUAAAUGCGCCAAAUAUUGGCCGGAUCAGGGCCAGACGAAAGAAUGGGGCGCUGCUAAGGUGACAUGUCUGAGUGAAAGUUCCACCAAUGAUUACACGUUGCGUGAGUUUCUGUUCUCGUGGAAAAAUAACGAAGAACGACGCAUCUAUCAGUACCACUUCCAAGUGUGGCCCGAUCAUGGUGUUCCCAGUGAUCCCGGAUGUGUGCUGAACUUCUUGCAUGACGUCAAUGCCAGACAGGAUCAAAUUAUGGUCGACGGUGUGACACCGGGACCGAUAUGCGUUCACUGCUCCGCUGGCAUCGGACGUACCGGCACGUUCAUCGUCAUCGACAUGAUUAUCGAUCAAAUCAUUCGCGAAGGUUUGGACACUGAAAUCGACAUUCAGCGCACCAUUCAGAUGGUCCGAUCGCAACGAUCCGGUAUGGUGCAAACAGAAGCCCAGUACAAGUUCGUUUACUAUGCGGUUCAGCAUUACAUCCAAACGCUGUUCCAAGUGAAACGAGCCGAACAGCAGUGCAUCCAAACGGGACGGGAAUAUUCUAAUAUCAAAUAUUCAGGCGAUGUUAAUGAUUUGCAAAGAUCACCACUUCCUGCAUCUAUGUCAAGUCUAAGUCUAAAUAAAAGCAAUGAUACCGUUGUAGUCAAUAGUAAAGCAUUCAAUAAGACGAGGUCUCCGUCGGAACCUCAAGUACAACCAAUAUCAUCUAGCCGUGUUAACGAGUUCACACCAACAUUGUACGAAAACAUUCCCAAAGAUGCAGCACGACCUCCACCACCGACACCACCGAGAAAACCGGCUGCAUGACAUAUGUUUGAUCACACCAUGCAUUUUUAGACGAACGAAAAACCAAUUACUUUAACUCGCUCAGCAUGCCACACAGAUAUAUCGACAAAUUCGUUCGUACAACGCACGGUCAGUUUACUCACAAAUAAUUCAAAUCGAUUUUAUGGGAUGCAUUCAUAGUUUAUUCACUGAACGGGGAAUGAAGGGGGUGCCUAAUUAUUGUUUGGCGAAGGAAAACAAAAAAAAAACAAAAAUUCUGGAAAUCAAUUCCGAGUUACGCAGUCGAUGUAAAGUGAUGGAAUCUGUCGAAAUUGCAGGAUGAAGCGGGGUCAGCCGAAUGAUGAAUUUAUUUUUGAAAAUCUGUCAUGGGAGACGUUUUGUUUUGUAAAUUUUCAAGUUGUAUAAUGCGCUGAUCCUGUUGUUUUAAGAUGUUUGUUUCGAGCUCUGUGAAAAUGACUAAACAAUUGUCGUUCAUAGACUGCAUUGGAAUGGGCAGAGUGAUUUGCGUCGUACUAUGAAUCCGUUCGUCAGAGAUUGUGCACAUAAGAUUCUUAAAAUUGUAAAAUGUUUAUCUAGUAUUAGUGUUCUCGUAAAUAAUUUUUAAGUUACAAACUUCUAAUAAACUGUUGAUCAUUUACUUC